AUGACAAUAUUGAGAAACUGCCGAAGAUUCAAAAGAAAGCUAAUUGAAAAUGAGUGUAUAAUAAAAGUAACGAGGUGGAAAUCCAAUAAUAAAAAACACCAAUCGGCCGCCAAAAAAGCGUGUGAAAAAUCUACCACUCCUAUAAAAGGCGAACUGAACUCAAUCACAUUCCACACUCAAAAUUUGGUGAUGUCCACACACUUUUUGUUCACUAAUAACGCAUCCCUGCCUUUCAAAACCCAGUGCAGUCGUGAGAAGCGGAACCAAGAAGCUAUUCAACUAGCAGUUCUCAUAGGUUUGGCUUCACAGAUCUGUACUUUGACUGUCGAGAAGCCGCCCAAAAAGUCGAAUGUGACGCAACAAAUACCACGAGUUGUGUCUCUUGACUUUGGCAAUGAAGUUGUCGAGCUUGGCUCCUUUGUAAAGACUCGGUUCAAGAACUUGCUUGACAAUUCGUAUCGAACAGAGACGGAAAGAGUCAAAGCACUUCGUAUUUAUAACAGAAACGUCCACGUCUUUACAAACAAUUACUUGAUAGACAUCCUCACUGAAAAUGGAUUCUUCUUUAAUUCACACUUGUCAAAGGUCUCGAAGAACACUCAAAGAAUCGAAUACUUCGACCAAGUCUUCUUUAAUGGGACAUUUUUCAUGUCACUUUCGCAAAUGGCACAGAGAGGAAAGGCACUCUGCAACUUCUUUAAUGAAACGGCGUGCAAACCUUCGAACUCAGUGUUGGUGUACCAAGACCAAAGGAUCGCAGACAUCCUUAAAGUGCCUAAGAGAAAGAGCAUAUCAAAUUUCAAUUAA